GAUGGACCAAAAGGGCUGCCUGGACCAGCGGGAGUGCAGGGAGCACAGGGUGAAAAAGGAGAGACGGGACCUAGGGGACCACAGGGAGCAGACCAAGGGCCUGAAAUCGAUGCUCUACAGAAUUUGCAUAAUUUAUCAUUAUAA